AGAAAAAUUUCAACAUGGAGGACGAUUCUGUUCAAACAGGUGAACAAGACAUUCAGGAAUAUUUUGAUACUGCGGUAAAAAUAGCACGACAGGCAGGGCAGGUGGUGUUUGAAGCUUUCCACAAGGAAAAGAAUAUUGACACAAAGUCAUGUGGAACAGAUUUGGUGACAGAAACAGACAAGUAUGUGGAGGAAUUGAUUAUUGGAACCCUAGCAGAAAAAUUCCCAUCUCACAGUUUUAUUGGCGAAGAGUCAGUGAGUGCUGGAAAGAAAAGUAUUCUCACAGAUAAUCCUACGUGGAUAAUUGAUCCAAUUGAUGGUACAACAAACUUCGUUCACAGAUAUCCUAUGGUAGCUAUUUGUAUUGGUCUGGCAAUCAAUAAACAGAUGGAGGUUGGGGUAGUAUUCAAUCCAAUUAAAGAUCAGAUGUUUACUGCAAGAAGAGGCACUGGGGCAUUUUGUAAUGGAAAGAAAAUUCACUGCUCAAGUGUAACAGAUCUAAGCAAAGCUCUUGUUAUCACAGAACUGGGCUCCUCAAGGGAUCCUGAAAUCAUAAAUGUUGUGAUGUCAAAUCUCAGAAGGCUUGCAGAGAAACCCAUUGCAGUUCACAGCAUCAGACUACAGGGAUCAGCUGCCCUUAACAUGUGCUCUGUGGCCAGUGGUGAGGCAGAACUGUAUUAUGAAUGUGGUAUCCAUGUCUGGGAUAUUGCAGCAGCAGGAAUAAUUGUGGAAGAAGCUGGUGGAGUCACACUGGAUCCUUCAGGUAAGCCUCUGGAUUUGAUGGCACGUCGUAUAUUGGCUGCUGGAAAUAAGGAGCUUGCUGAUCAAGUUUCUCAGUAUUUAGAUUGCAUCGAGCUUCCUAGAGACUAGCAAUUUUUUUUUUUAUUUUAGGACAACUUUGUUCUUGUUCAUUUUAAUUUGCUGUCUUUUGCAUUGUCUCACUUAUUGUUUUUUAAUGUGUCUGUAACUAAUGUUGUCAAGUCAUUUGCUUUUAUACUGUCCAGCUAUUAUUUUCACACAAAGUGUCACAGGUUUUACUUGAUGAAAAAAAUCAACUUAAUUUCUUCAAGGUUGUAAUUUAGUACCUCUUCAGCAUACAUCAAUACUUGUAUGAUGUUUUAAAAUUUUGGUAUUUAUUACUGAAAAUGUAAAUUUUGUCUAAAAAAUAAAAAAGCUGAACCUUUUAA